AUGGCGGGUUUUGCCGUUCGAUCAAGACUGUUUUUAUUUUCAUCUUCAGCAACCCGAUCACAGUUCUUACCAACUCGACCACUUCUACUAUGCCGCCUUUCAAAUUCCUGCACCGUAGGAGAAAACAUGGAGCUCUGUAAAUCAGAAUCCCCUCUCACAUACCACAGUCCCCAGGGGUCAGGGAAACCCUUGGUGUUAAUGCUGGGUUGGCUACUGGCACGGACCAAACACCUCACCAAAUAUACAAACAUCUAUGCUAGCAAAGGAUUUGACGUCUUACAAAUACGUGUCACCCCCUCUCAGGUGCUCUGGCCGGUGAGGGCCCAGGGGUUCAUUGAAAAAAUCUUCAAAGUCCUCGAGCAGGAAGACUGUCGAAACCAGCCUAUCCUCGUCCAUGGCUUUUCAGUUGGCGGUUAUAUAUAUGGGGAGAUGUUGGUUAAGAUGCAGACUGAGCCAGAGAAACAUGCAAACUUACGUCACCGACUCAUGGGACAGAUUUUUGACAGCCCCGUCGAUAAGGACAGGGUUGCGUAUGGCAUGUCACAGAACUUAGUGAAACAUCCGCUGCUCCAAUUUCUGUUAUUCCGAAUGCUGGAACAGUAUCUCAUUGUAUUUCGUGCUUCAGUCGCUGAUCAUUUCACCAGAGCCCAGAACGCCUUUCUACAGAACACCAUGUCGUUACCUUCUCUUCUUUUCUUCUCUUAUAUGGACCCGAUUGCCGACCCACAGAUAAUUGAAGCGACUAUUAAUAAGUGGACAGGUCGGGGCAUCCCCGUAUUUUAUAAGUCUUGGAGCGAUAGCAAACACGUGAGCCAUUUACAACAAUAUCCCGAGGAAUAUAUUGAGAUGUUAUUAAAUUUUUUGGAAUGCCUACCGUUGGUGCCAAGUGAUGCACAUGUCUGCACAAAGUAUGAAGAAAUCACAAAACCACGUCUUCAAGAAAGGUCAUCAAGUUCUUUACCUUGA